AUGCUGCGCGCACCUCUCUUGUCGAUUCCCAGGCAGCGGACGGGACUGUUGUGGAAAGUUCAUGAGCGGGUCAUCGCUCUUUACUGUGGAGAGCCCAAUCGGUUGGGCAAAAGGCAACGGUGCUCCACGACUGAAACGUACCUCCGAUCCUCGCUCAGGGUUUUCCUACUCCUCCUCCUCUUGUGGAUGAUCGCUUUCGAGAUCAGUCCGGUAAUCCGUGCUCAGGUCCUCACCCGGUGUCGUCGUUUGAGAUUGCGAUGCUCGUGGCUUUUUACUUGCAAGGUGCCAUGGAACAGGACUGCGAUCAGCGAUUUCUGUGAGAAGCAUAACAGAUUUUACAUUGAAGAUGGCAACGAGAUUUUCUUGAUCGAAUUCACGUUAUUCAAGAUACAUCGCUCUGUUCUGCAAAGCAGAUCAGUGGUCUUCGAAACGAUGUUCUCCCUGAUUCCUCCGGAUAACGUAUCUAAGGUGGGCAAUUCUGAUGGCAAUCCCAUCCGCCUUGAGGGAACAUCGGCCAUCGACUUCGAGAGGCUCUUGGCAGUGCUCUAUCCUAGUGAUUUCCGCUGCAUGGACCUGCACACCUUCGACGAGUGGAUGUCGGUCAUAGAGCUGGCCACGAAGUAUCAGAUGGACGACGUGCGCGAAUUCGCCGUUGAGAAAGCUACUCGGUCAGGGUCACUUGCUCAGCGCAUCGUGAUGGCCCGCCAAUAUGAUUUGCCAGACUUGCUCGAAAAGGCACGCUUGGACAUCUGUGAGAGACGGGGCCCCAUCUCUCUGAGGGACGCGCGGCUGCUGGGAGUGGACGAGUUGGCGAUUCUCUGCAAGUCGCGUGAGGAUGCGCGCGGGAGACGCUCGGCUUGCUAUACGCUGCAAAAUGUUCGGGCUCUAGAGUCCGACCUUCGGUGUUUGGGGACUUGGUAA